UUUCGUAUUUAUUAUUCACAAGUAGUGUCGUGGCCAUGAAAUAUCGAAAACAGUUGUUAGUAAUACGAUUAGGUUAUUUCAUUCGUUAAUAAAACAUCGACCGAAAAGUGCUGUACAAUUUUGUGAUUAUCGGAGUGAACUGAAAAUGAUUUGUUCAAAAUUAAUUUAUUUUACUAUUUUGUCUAUUUAUUUAUUAAAUGUAAAUGUGAUUGAUGCUACGGACGAAGAUUACUACAAUUUGUUGGGCAUUGAAAAGACUGCAACGCAACAUGAAAUUAAAAGAGCCUUCCGAAAAUUGGCACUUCAAUAUCAUCCAGACAAAAAUAAAGACGAAGGCGCUGAAGAACAGUUCAAGAAAAUAGCUGAAGCAUACGAAGUGCUCAGCGAUGAAAACCAGCGAAAAAAGUACGACCAAUUCGGCAAAACAUCUGGUGGAUUCGGUGGUGGAGGCUUUGGAAAUUUCGAUUUCACUUCAUUUUUCAAGCAGUUCGAUAACAUAUUUGAACAAUUUGCAAAGGGUUUUCAAAGUUUCAAACAUGAUCGUACGGAGAAACGGGACAGGAAAUCAGGGGGAUUUAAUGGAUUUAAGUUGGACUUGGAUGACCUGUUCAGUGACAUGGAUUUUGACGAAUUAAAAUUCUUCGCCAAACGUAAGAAGUCAUCCGACAAGGAAUCGGAUGAUCAUUCUACCGAAGACCAUGGAUUCGGUGACGGAGACUCAUUCUUUGGCACACAUUUCAAACGUGGUGAUAAACCGAAAAUUAAUUUUGGCUUUGAUGCAGAGGAGAUGAUGAACAAGUUUCAGGCAAGUUUCAAGAAGGGAUAUGAUGACGCUAUAAACUCAUUUAACGAGAAGAUGAGUCAAUUGAAUUCUCAUACAUCGUACACCGUGCGUACUGUGCGUACUGUGCAUUCAUCACAUACUGAACAUACAUCCCAUACUGUUCAUAGUAGCUUUGGUGACAACCUAAUAAAUGACUAGAAGUACAAGUUCUGAAAUUUAAUUUUUUGAAAAAACUGAGAAACAAUGUUGGUCAUUAAACGAGUUGCCGCUAAAUA